UGACGUUUUAGUAGCUCCCUGUUCAUGGACACGGCGCUCACCCUUUGGGCAUUCGACAUCAAAGAAGAUCCCGCUCAGCCGAUUGAUACGAUGGGCUUCACAGACACCGCAAAAGUGCACGUUCGGCCGUUCAAGGCAGGUUUCACCCCGCGAAUCCCCAGGUUGAGGGAGGUCGUAGAGUCGUGCAUGGACUGAUAUGGUCUUCAGAUGAACGAGACCCGAACAUGUAUUCUACUCAGUAUGUGCACCGAAAAUAUAGCCAUCCGAUUCACACUUGCAGAGUUGAGACAGCCGGGCUCGUCGCCGUCGGCAACCGCAAGC